AUGUCACUCCGCGGUACGGCAUUCGAUCAUUUGGACGACUCAUCUUGCAUUGGCAUUUUAUACCCUGAGGAUCGACACCCCUGUCUUUCGUUCGGCCAGUGCUUCGCUUCUGUGCCCCUCAUUCAACUCAUCUCAGUCGCCGUGCCCCUCCAUGAUGAGAUCGCGAUGAAGCAGGAUACCGCCCCCAAGUACGAGAGCUUCGUCAACCCAAGUGACUUGGUCAAAUGGGUCGAAGAGCAGCCCUCUGAGUCAUGGAUGUCUCUCGCUCAAGAUGUGUUUGACCAUCUGCUGUCCCUGGCCGCACAGCCAAAAGGUGUAUCCGGAAACUCGUGCGUAAAGCUAUGCGGAUUUGUCGAACAAUGCUCAAAGUCUUCCAAGCCCGCCUUGCAAGCAUGGGCUUUCUCCAAGGAACCCAGUCUGAGCCUGUUCAACUUCUUCAUCAAGUGGAACGAGACGGAGCAGCACCGUUCGAUGAAGCUUGUGCUGGAACUUCUGCCGUCAUUGAUGCGGCGUAAUCCUGACCCGGCUGUUGCGGAAUUGGUCAAGACGACCGUUCUCGACACCCUAAUCUCCAUUAUCGGGCCGCAGUCCACCAAGCCCUUGUUGAAGUCGUCACUCAAGGCUAUGGAGUUUUUCGCAUCAAAGAUCUUUACAGUUGAAGAUAUUGCGGCGAGCUACAGGAGGACGCAGCCAUCCUGCGCUUUUGAGUCUGAGAUGGCUCUUUGGCAAGACUUCUUCCGUCAAAUGCUUGACUGGAUGACCAUGCACUACGUUUGCCCGACUGCGGGCAAGUUCAUCGUGACCAUCUUUCGUGCUCUCCGUCAGAGAUCUCUAAAGAACCACCAAGAAGGGGGUGCUGAUGAGUUCAGCGUGGUGGCUUGGCUUCGGUGGGUGCAGUCUGCCAUCGAUGCGACACCGUCUCUUUUGGAGGGCGUCAAGACGUACAUUUUUCUACCCCUGUUCAGGGAUGACCGCAAGGACUCGGUCCAAAUCCUGCAGCAGAUCAAUAGCUCUUGGUCUGCGUCCAACUCUGGUGUCGAGUUAGACACCCUCGCGCAGCUGAACCUUGCUGUAUUAGAAGUCGGCAAGAAGGUCGGCAUGGUGGAAGAGCCUGGCGCCAUCGUCCAAGAGGAGUCUUCUUCCGUAGUGCUGGAGGAGGCUGUGCUCGAAAGACUGCUCGCACAUCCUUCCCACGAGCUUCGUUCUCUCGCUCUCUCACUCAUCGCCGCCUCUGCUUCUACAACGAAACCUUACUCCCCUGUGGCGCUCCGUCUCCUGCAGGUUCACCUCCAGACGUACUUCUCCGAAUCCGAUGCGAAGUUCCGCAUGGAGCUUCUGAGCAGGCUGAAAGACAUGUUCAAGCGCACUCGUGGCGCCAUCUUCAUUCUGCACAAGAGCUUGGCUCGCGUCAAGGCCAUAAAUGCCCUUCCACCCCCUCCUGAUGGAAAGCCCAAGCCUGCUCCCAAGCCAGCGAAGCAGGCAAAUCACCGCACAAACAUCCUCUUCUGGCCGGAAGAGAAGCUGGUCGAGAGCUUGAAGCAGCACGAAGAGUUCUUGGCAUGGUAUCUCCGCUUCUUACGCUCCGAACUGAUCCCUACAGCUUCUUUCCAGCGUCACUACACCUCGCUGAGAGCGGUCAUGUUCAUCCUCAAGCUCGAAUUCGACUCUUCUAAGACUUGGGAGACCGAUGAGGACGAGAACAUCUUCUUCAACCACUUUGACGGUAGAUGGACCCGCACUCUGCUCGAUCUCAUCAUGGAUCCUUUUGACGAUGUGCGCGAGGCUAGCACUUCUGUCCUCAAGAGCUUGUUCUCAGACGAGCGAUUCAAGUACCUUACUGGAACCCAGGGAGUUGCACCGACUUUGGAGGAAUUCCUGUCAAGAUCUGAAGACAUCGCACGACGAACUGCUCGUGCCGACCAUGCUGAUGGUGUGGCUCGUACCAACGAGCUUCUCUUCAGAUUCUACGAGGGCAGAAAUGCGCAGAUUGCUCAUAUCUCCAAGCUCGUUGACCUCCUGGAGACCAAGCUCUCCUUUGCCGAGGCUGACUUGGGAAAUGCCGUCUUGGAGGCACCCGUGCAUGGCUACUUCGCCUCGCUCCGCUACAUCUGGCAAGCCAUCACCGAGAUGAAGUUUUCCGACUCUGAGAUCCAAGCCUUGGUCAACCUCCAAAGCCGCAUCGUCAAAUGCUGCCAACGCAUCUGGGACGCCGUCAGGGAUAUUCUCUGCGACGACUCCCCCGAAGGCCAUCUCCCCCAGGAACUCGAGGACCUCGAAGGCCUCGACACGAAGGACUUGCUGAGCUACAGUUUCCGCGCCAUCCACGAAUCCAGCAGCUUGAUGCGCGUCAUGGUUCUGCCCCUGAAGUCCAAGCCUCAGCCAGAGACCCUGCGCCCUUCCAGCGAGCUCUUCACGACCGUCGGAACCCAGACUUUCGACCAGCUCUCGAGUCUGAGACAUCGUGGCGCUUUCAACACCGUCUCUCUGUCAUUUGCUACCUGCUGUCAGCUGGUCAAGCAUCUCGACGACCCCAAAGCAGGCCACGAGGGCGACCAGACUCUGCUUGACAUCUGGUACAAGGGAACCAAAGAGUGCAUCUUCGCUCAGGCGUCCACCACCCGCAGGUCCGCAGGUAUCCCGGCCAUGAUCACAGGUAUCGUCUCCGCCAACGCAGCCCAGCCAUCCUUCGACCACGUAAUCGAAGAACUCGUUGCCAUCGCCCGCAAAGAAGCCCGAGUCUCCGAGACAGACGACACCAAACUCCCCCAGGUCCACGCCCUGAACUGCCUCAAGGACAUGUUCAAAUCCUCCUUCAUCACCCAGCUCGGCAAGUCCGCGCCGCACAUCCCGCAAUGCCUCGAGCUCGCCGCGGGCAGCCUCAAGUCCGAGGUCUGGGCGAUCCGCAACUGCGGCCUUCUCUUCCUCCGCAGUCUCCUCGACAACCUCUUCGGCACAAACGAGAGCAAGGCCACCCUCGAGGCAGGCUGGGACGGCAGGUCGACUCGCCUCCAGUACCACAAGUAUCCCAUUCUCCCCAACGUCCUGCUGAACCUCCUCCGCUCCGGCCGCGAGGUCAUGAAGCCCAGCACGAGCACCAUCGCGGCCGAGUCCGUCUUCCCGGCCCUCGACAUCAUCCGCCGCGCCGGCCCGCCCGAAGCCUCCCGCGAUGAGCUCUACGGCCUCGUCGUGGGCUACCUCGGAAGUCCCGUCUGGCACGUUCGCGAGAUGGCCGCCCGCGCGCUGUGCUCCUUCCUGCUCCGCGACGACGACUGGGUCACCGCGGCAGAGAAGAUCAUCCAAGACUCUCUGGCAUCUGGAUCCUCCAACCUGAACAAUCGCCUCCAUGGCAGCCUUUUGACAAUCAAGGCCGUCUUCGAGCGCCUCUCGGACGUUUCUCCCCAGAAGUUCUCCCUGGCCAUCCCGCGUCUAUCCCAAAUCCUCCAGGACCUCGAAGCCAACGCGCCCUCCUCCUUCGCAGACGCCCCCGACGUCAGGGCAGCCUACCUCGAAGUCCAGAACCUCAUCUCCCUCUUCACCCUCUCCGCCCCUUCUUCCAUCCCCUCAUCCAUUUCCAACCCCCCUCAAAGCGCCCUCCUGCGCACCCAACUCGCGAUAAACGCAGUCCACACCAACCCGACCGCCAGCUCCCUCCGCGACACUCUCCUCUCAACGAGCACGACAAGCGUCGAGGCGACAAUCACCAUCCUCGAAACCCUCUCCUCAGUCCGCCACCCCCGUCUCUCCCCCGAAGACGCAGCCUCCUACGCCGCCCUCUACACCGACCUGUCCCUCUCGACAUCCCACCCCGACGCCCGCGCCGCUGCCCUAUCCAACCUCUCCGAGACCCUCGACCUCGUCCUCUCCGCAAACCUCACCUCCCUCCUCCCGGCCUCCGAGACCCUCGUCACGCUCUGGCAAGACGCCAACGCCAAAAGCCUCAACCCAAACCUCUCCAACGCCGUGAUCCGCGUCAGCGGUCCCCUGAUGGCGACCCUCGUCCGCCGCGACGACGCCCAACCCUGCGCCCUCCGCGGCUGGGGCGCCAUGAUGUCCUCGGCAGGCGCCGACUCGUCCCCCUUCGACACCCGCAUCGCAGCAGUCGCGUCCCUGGCCUCCUUCUUCUCCGCCGUCUCCAGCGACGACUCCGACUCCGAAGCAGCCCGUCUCCCAGCCAUGGUGGCCCUCUACGACGCCCUCAACGACGACGAUGACGAAGUCCGCGACCUGGCCUCCGUCUCGGCCAAGCACAUCCUCUCACAGCCCCUGGCGCCCCUCGACGCCGCGGACCGCCUGCUCAGCCACAUCUCGACGCACUACGCCGCCGCCUCCUCCUUCCGCGCCCUCCUGGCCGGCCGCAUGACGGGCCAGACGGAGCAGACCGCGUGGACCAGCGCCGAAGCCCAGCUCACCGAGGCCCUGCGCUUCGACGACUCCCUCUUCGCCAUCGAGGAGCAGAACCUCUUCGUCGAUGAGGUGCGCGAGGCGCGUCGGUGGGCCGCCGUUUUCGACUCCGUGGCGGUCUCGGGCGGCGGCGACGAUCGGCUGGCUCGGUGGACCGUCGACGGCCUGGAUGCGCUGUUCAAGCUCGCGAAGGAGGUGCAUACCGACGACGGACCUCUGGGGUGGACUUCCGCGCCGGAUGUGUACGCUGUGUGCGCCCGUAUCGUCAUCUGUGCCACGGCGCUGGCGAAGGCGGGCGUGAACGUCGAGGUAUUCGGGGAGAAACUGGGAGAGCUGAGGUCUAUUGGUAAGAAGGGCCGUCUCCAUGGCCUGUUACUUGAGAUGGCCAGAUCAUAG